AUGCCCGACACACCUGUUCCAAUUCGCAGGAGUACCUCCUUCACAGAUAGAGACAAUCCAACCGAGUAUGCUUCUCUCCUCCCAAAGCCAACAGACAUUGACAGCUCGCGCCUGAACGGCGAGACGACCGUUGCUGGCGAGGACGAUGUCUCGAACCACAGCCUUGUCAUCGCAGAAUUCUGGUACCUGCUCAAGGGAUCAAUCCCGGUAAUCCUAGCCUAUACACUCCAAAACAGUCUACAAACCUCCUCCGUGCUGAUUGUCGGACGUUUGUCGCCGGAGCACCUCGCUACAUCCGCCUUCUCCCUCAUGUUCGCCAUGAUCACGGCGUGGAUGAUUGCGCUAGGAGGCACGACCGCAUUGGAUACGCUUGCCUCGUCUUCGUUUACGGGGAGCUCGAACAAGCAUGAUCUGGGGAUCCUGCUGCAGCGGGGCUUCUUCGUGCUCGGUCUUUUCUAUAUCCCCGUUGCUAUUCUUUGGGCUUGUUCUGAGCACGUUUUUCUUUUCUUGGGUCAGGAUCCGGUUCUCUCGAGAGGCAGUGCACGGUUUCUCACGUGUCUGAUUCCCGGAGGUUUGGGGUAUAUCUACUUCGAGGUCAUGAAAAAGUAUCUCCAGGCUCGAGGAAUCAUGCGGCCGGGAACCUACGUCCUCCUGAUCACCUCCCCCUUCAACGCCGCCUUGAACUACCUCUUCUGCUACACCUUCGAGAUGGGUCUGCUAGGCGCUCCCGUUGCAACAGGUAUAUCCUACUGGCUAUCCUUUGCCCUCCUCGUCCUGUAUGCACGGUUCAUCGCCGGCUCGGAGUGCUGGGGCGGCUGGUCGCGAGAAGCCUUCCACAACCUCGGCACAUUCGCCCGUCUCGCCUUCCUGGGUGUCAUCCACGUCGGCACGGAGUGGUGGGCGUUUGAGAUCGUCGCCCUCGCCGCUGGCCGACUGGGGACAAUCCCGCUAGCUGCGCAGACCGUUAUCAUGACAGCAGACCAGGUCCUCAAUACCAUCCCGUUUGGGGUGGGCGUUGCCGCAUCGGCGCGCGUCGGCAAUCUCCUCGGAGCUAGGAAUGCGGGUGGUGCGGCUCGUGCUGCGAAUACGGCAGCGUGGUUGAGUAUGUUGCUUGGUGGGGUGGUGUUGGCCGUGCUUAUGGGUACAAGGAACGACUUUGCGAGGAUCUUUAAUGAUGACGAAGGGGUCGUGCGGCUGACGGCCGAGGUGUUGCCGUAUGUUGCUCUGUUCCAGAUUGCGGAUGGGUUGAAUGGGAGCUGUGGGGGGUCUGCGAGGGAUGGGCCGCCAGCAUGUGGGCGCUAUGGUGAACCUGGUCAGCUAUUACUGUGGCGCGUUGCCUCUGGGGAUCUGGCUUGCGUUUCAUGGGGUCUGAAGGGACUAUGGGUGGGACAAUGUAUUGCGCUUUAUAUUGUUGGGGUGUUGGAGUGGUUGAUUGUGGCUUUUAGCAAUUGGGAUACGGAGGUGGGAAAGGCCUUUCAGCGGAUGGAUGUGCAUGAGCGUCUUGAGACGGGGCUCUAG